UUCAGUCAAGACAUUUGCUUAAUUAAGUUUUUUUUUUUUACAGUGAGCAUUGGCUUGAAAAUAGACUCUUUGAAAGGAUUAAUCUCGUCUCAAUUAUUAAAGAGCAAAGUAUAAAUAGACGACUAUGCCCAUAAUGAAUAGCUUAGAGGAAGAGAAAACAAAACUGGAGGAAGGGAAAACUAAUAUAAAAUGUAUACAUCUAACUAUGUGCAUAUGUGUUUGCACAUGCAUAUUUACUCUGCAAAGCACUAUGUAAACAAUGUAUUUUAAAGGUGUUCUAUAAAUAAAUACUAUUAUAUUGUAUAUUCAAAUAGAGGGCAAAUGUGACUAAGAAUAAAAUUGUUCUCUACAGGAAAAAAAUUGUGCUUUAUAGCAAACAGGUGUGGAUAAAAUCGACACUUAAGAUUUUGAUUAUUAAACUUUUAUUAUAUAUUAUUUAUUUAAUUACAUAUAUACAACACAAUAACAUUAACACAAUAAUUCUAAAAAAAAAAAAGCAAAAUAAAAAAAUACGAGGGAAAAAUACAAAAUAGAAUAUAUAAAGAGGAAAAAUAAAUAAUUAUCUUGUACACUUGGCACAGAAGCUGACUCGUGAUGCAAGGAUAAAAUGACGUAGGCUGCGUUCCCCCGUGACGUCACAAGUAAGUGAGAUUGAGGAGGGAGAGGAAGGAAGGAGGAAGGAUGAGCGCUAUGUAGAUAAUGUUUCUCUAUGUAGCCUGUGAUGAUCUAAAGCAAAGCAAUACAGAGCCUUCUCUAAAAGCCACAAAGCAGUCCGCAAAUGUGAUGCACAGAUUUGCACAAUCAAAGCAACAUCGCGCUUAUAUUGAGUGGAUGUUAUAUUUAAACUCUCCGUGAACGGAUAUUGUGUUAGUUUCUUCGGGUCGUUCCUGCUGGAGCUGCACCGGGCCUUUGCUAUGCAGUAAUGGAGCAGCUAUUAUUUCUUAUAAUUUUCUACUUGCUUCCUACUCUCAUCUCGUCCAUACAUAAUUCAACGACCGGAGGAUGUGCAAUCAUUCGUCCCCCCAGAGACGGAGGGAUUCGCUACAGAGGACUGACUCAGGAACAGAUCCGCAGUGUGCAGAUCUUGCCAGUAGACUAUGAGAUAGAAUAUAUCUGUAGAGGAAGCAGAGUUAUUGUGGGGCCCAAGGUCCGAAAGUGCCUCCCCAAUGGCACCUGGACUGACAUGAACCAGCUCAGCAGAUGCUUAUUGGUUUGCUCGCGUUCCUGGGUGUCUCUGGAGAACGGGAGGGUGGCGCUGCAUCCCCCUGGACAACCAAUAGAGGGCACAGUUCUUCACUACAGCUGUCAUGCUGGCUUCCUAUUGGAGGGUUUCAGUAUCUCACACUGUACCAAGCUGGGCAAAUGGGACUCUCCUAAACCACUCUGUGUCUAUGACAGUAAUUAUACAGGUAAGAAGAAACUGUACAUCGGAGCUCUGUUUCCCAUGAGUGGAGGAUGGCCCGGUGGUCAAGCGUGUCUCCCCGCAGCCCAGAUGGCUUUAGAUCUCGUGAACAACCGGACCGACAUUCUGCCGGACUACGAGCUGGAGCUCAUUCAUUACGACAGUAUGUGUGAUCCAGGAGAGGCCACUAAACUGCUGUAUGACUUGCUGUACACAGAGCCCAUAAAGAUUGUGUUGAUGCCGGGCUGCAGCUCCGUGUCUACGCUGGUGGCCGAGGCGGCACGCAUGUGGAACCUUAUAGUGUUUUCAUACGGCUCCAGUUCUCCAGCUUUGUCCAACCGCCAGCGCUUUCCCACUUUCUUCCGUACGCACCCGUCAGCAACUCUGCAUAAUCCCACACGUGUGCGGCUCUUCCAGAAGUGGGGAUGGACAAAGAUUGCCACCAUCCAACAGACCACUGAAGUUUUUACCUCAACUUUGGAUGAUCUGGAGGAGCGUGUGAAGGAGGCCGGCAUCGAGAUAAGCGUUAGACAGAGCUUCCUCACGGAUCCCGCAGUGGCUGUCAAAAACCUGAAGCGUCAAGAUGCUAGAAUCAUAGUCGGCCUCUUUUACGAGACUGAAGCCAGAAAGGUGUUUUGUGAGGUCUUCAAAGAGAAACUCUAUGGUAAGAAGUACGUAUGGUUCCUCAUCGGCUGGUACGCAGACAACUGGUUUAAGAUCAAAGAUCCAGCCAUCAAUUGCACAGUGGAGAACAUGACGGAAGCUGUGGAAGGGCACGUCACCACUGAAAUCGUAAUGCUAAACCCGGAGACCGUCCGCGGUGCUUCCAACCUGACCUCCCAAGAGUUCCUGGCCCAGCUGAUGUCACGUCUCGGGGGGAAGAACCCAGAAGAAACGGGUGGAUUUCAGGAAGCUCCGUUGGCGUAUGAUGCUGUAUGGGCUCUUGCACUGGCCCUCAAUAAAACGGUGGCCCCCCUGAGGGCCAAAGGCUGGACAUUAGAGGACUUCAACUACAACAACAAGGAAAUCACUGCUGAGAUUUACCGAGCCCUCAACACCAGCUCGUUUGAAGGAGUGUCUGGUCAUGUCGUGUUUGAUGCUCAAGGUUCACGUAUGGCUUGGACUCUCAUUGAGCAACUGCAAGGUGGGAGCUACAAGAAGAUUGGAUACUAUGACAGCACAAAAGGCAACCUGUCCUGGUAUGGAAAUGACAAAUGGAUUGGCCUCGGCCCUCCGGCAGACCAGACCAGGGUGAUCGAGGAGUUCCGUUACCUUUCCCAGAAGCUCUUUGUAUCCAUGUCUGUCUUUGCCGGGCUGGGAAUCCUUCUGGGCAUAGUCUGCCUCUCCUUCAACAUAUACAACAGUAGCAUCAGAUACAUUCAGAACUCUCAGCCCUAUCUGAACAACAUGACGGCGGUGGGUUGUGUGCUGGCAUUAGCAGCUGUCUUUCCUCUGGGCAUCGAUGGCCUCCAUGUCCAUAGAUCACAGUUCCCUGUGGUCUGCCAGUUUCGCCUGUGGCUGCUAGGACUGGGCUUCAGUUUAGCCUAUGGCAGCAUGUUCACCAAGAUCUGGUGGGUUCACACUGUCUUCACCAAGAAAGAUGAGAAAAAAGAGAAGAGGAAGCACUUGGAGCCGUGGAAGCUAUAUGCGACCGUUGCAGUUCUGCUGGCUAUUGAUGUUCUCUCUCUGCUUAUCUGGCAGAUUGUGGACCCUCUGCACAUAACUGUGGAGAAGUUCACUAAAGAGGCUCCUAAAGAAGAUCUGGAUGUGUUGAUUCAGCCUCUUCUCGAGCACUGCAGUUCAGAGAAGAUGAACACGUGGCUUGGUGUGGUGUACGGCUACAAGGGACUUCUGCUGCUGCUGGGAAUCUUUCUGGCCUACGAGACCAAGUCCAUUUCCACAGAGAAGAUAAAUGACCAUAGAGCGGUUGGCAUGGCCAUCUACAAUGUAGCUGUGCUGUGCAUGAUUACUGCUCCGGUGACCAUGAUCCUCUCCUCUCAGCAGGACGCUUCAUUUGCAUUCGCCUCUCUGGCCAUAAUCUUCUCUGUCUACAUCACCCUCGUGGUGCUCUUUGUGCCCAAGAUACGGCGUUUGAUCACUCGUGGCGAGUGGCAGUCGGAGCAGCAGGACACGCUGAAAACCGGCUCGUCCAACAACAACGAUGAGGAGAAGUCAAGACAGCUGGAGCGCGAGAACAGGGAACUCCAGAAGAUCAUUCAAGAGAAGGAAGAAAGAGUGACAGAGCUGCGGAAUCAGCUUGCAGAACGUCAGGCCUUGCGUUCUCGCAGACGCCCAUCCGUCCAGAAUCAGAACCAGAACCACAGCGUCCCGUCGUCUCAGGCUGAGCCCCCCAGCUACUCCCCCGCAACAGACAAACAGUCCCUGCCUGCGUCCUUCUCCAAUUCUUCCAACCUGUACCAGGGCGAGGGCAAACUGAGCCGAAACAACUGCCACAACAGCCGUCUACCCCUGCUGUACAAAUGAGUCCGGGAUGGUGGAAUCUCAAGAAGGCAAUGAGCAAGGCCAAACUGCUGUCCGAAUGCUAUAGAGAUUCUGGUUGAAGCAGGAGUGAAGACGAGCUGAGUUACUUAAAUCAGGUUUGUGCUCUGCCAUUAUUGUGCCCUUGACUUAAAUCGGAGUUCUUCAAGGGGAACUGACUGUUUUUGCAAUUGGACCUCCGUAAAUCCCUUCGGAUAAAGCGUCUUUUAAACACUAGGACAGGGUUGUUAAGGAAGGAUUGUGUGGGUGCUGGAGCCAGACCCGGUCAAACAUUUCUUUGAAUUAUUUUGUUGAGUGACAGCGAAGGAAGAAGAGCGUGUCUCUGUGCUUCGCUUAGUAUUUGACGAGACUGUCACUUUAACGAGACAGACCUUGCAAUGCAACAACAGACGGUAUCAGAUGAAUCGUUCUCUCUCUCUCUCAUCCAGUUCACAAAGGAAAUGAGACAAGGUUUUAGCUGAACCUGUGAUUUACUUACUCCUAAAGGUGUCUGGUCGAUACUCUUAUUUUCCUCGUAUGCUUUCUCUCCUUUAAUCUCUACGGCCGUGUGCCAGGGUGCUUUAAUGGCUGUUCUGUCCUUGUCUCACCUUCUCUUGACUGUUUUUUACAACCGUAGUAUUAGAAGUGAAGUGGAGUGAAAUGGAAAAGAAUGAAAGAAAAGUCUGUUUUAGUUUGGACUGUAUUAGCAUCCCUCAUAUUAGUAUACAGUUGCGAUGCCAGAUACUUUUCAUGAGAUCAUCGCUUAUUUGUUUGUCAAAUCAUCUGUGAUGUUUGUGAUUUGUGUUGCGUCACAGUUUGAGUAAAAAAAACAAGCACAGGCCUCUAAACAGCUUCUGUAGCUUUUGCACUUUUGGGCCAAAUCAAACAAACACAUCUCACAUUAUACAGCAUUGUAAGAUUGAAUAAUUUUUAUUAUUGUUGUUGUUUUUUUUUUGGUGAGCACUCUGUCCAAAUUAUAGAUUUCUUUUGCCAAAUUCAAGACCAUUACUUGGUCUGUGCAAUAUCUAUCUAUCUAUCGAUCUAUCGAUCUAUCUAUCUAUCU